GAAGUGGGGUUGGACAGGUUAUUCCCCGGGGUGGGGAAGCGGAGGCCCAGGAGGAGGGGAAAAAAGAAGGUGGAGGAUCCUGGCUGCUACUCUGAACCCGAUACCGAUUGUCUUAGACCCCAGAGACACAGAAAGGGAAGGGCGUCUCCUCCCCCUUCUUCCCCUCCUCCCUCUCCUCAGCCUUAGCCAUGGCCGAGGCAGGGGCCGGGCUGAGUGAGACCGUCACUGAGACAACGGUUACCGUGACAACCGAGCCUGAGAACCGGAGCCUGACCAUCAAGCUUCGGAAACGGAAGCCAGAGAAAAAGGUAGAAUGGACGAGUGACACUGUGGACAACGAACACAUGGGCCGCCGCUCAUCAAAAUGCUGCUGUAUUUACGAGAAACCUCGGGCCUUUGGCGAGAGCUCCACGGAGAGUGAUGAGGAGGAAGAGGAGGGCUGUGGUCAUACACACUGUGUACGGGGCCACCGCAAAGGACGGCGUCGUGCAACCCCAGGACCGAGCCCCACCACCCCUUCCCAGCCUCCUGACCCCUCCCAGCCCCCUCCAGGGCCAAUGCAGCACUAAAUUCCUCUCUCCCCCACCAUUCCUGUGUCUGUCUGGCCCUGAAUGUAUUCAUGUGGCUACCUGGGGACUAAACCCAUGGUUUGAUCCCUCCUCCAGUCCCCUCCUCCCCUCUCCUCUGCCUGAUGGAGGGAAGAGGGAGACGAGGGUAGACAGAGAUCCUGGAAUUCUGACUUGCUGCUAUUCCAGAACCCAGACUUCUGGGUUCCCCCAGCCCUCAUUUCUCCUUCCAGUACUCAUCCUCUAUUCUCCAGGGAUCCAGACAUCUUGGUCCCAGUCUUUCCCCCUUGUUCUCACUGCCAAACUGCCUGUCCUGGGAUCCAGUUAUCUUGGCCCCUUGCAUUCUCUCCUUGAGUCCCAAACACUUAAGUUGGGUUUUCAACAGCCCCAGCUUUCACUGCCAGGGUCCCAGUCGGAUUUGGGGCAGUCUUGCCCCAGCUAUGCUUGUUAAUCCUGGCUUCGAGCUCUUCCAGUAAUGUAUUUAUAUAAUCCGAACUCCUAGUCCUUGCCUGUGGGAUGUGAGGCCUGUGGGAGACCUCAGGGCUCCCAGCGGGCUCCCAGCCCUUCCCCUCUCCUGCCCUCCCCUCCCCCCCUCAUAUCCUCCAGAGGAGUUGGGAGAGAGGUCUUUGCUUUCUCACCGUUAAUGGGAAAUAGAAAAGGAAAUAGUCAUGGCCUCUCCUCACCGUAUGAUACAGGAUUUCCAACAAAGCCAGCUUGAAGACUGGUCACUUAGAGCC